UUCCCCACUCUCCACAGCUCCCCUACAAACUCAACACACAACUCCUCUCUCUCUCUCUCUCUCCCCCCCCAAGACAAACACAAUGAUAACGGCGACGGACUUCUACCACGUCAUGACGGCGAUGGUUCCGUUAUACGUAGCCAUGAUCCUCGCCUACGGCUCCGUCAAAUGGUGGAAGAUCUUCACACCGGACCAGUGCUCCGGCAUCAACCGCUUCGUCGCCCUCUUCGCCGUCCCCCUCCUCUCCUUCCACUUCAUCGCCGCCAACAACCCUUACGCCAUGAACCUCCGCUUCCUCGCCGCGGACUCCCUCCAGAAAAUCAUCGUCCUCUGCCUCCUCUUCCUCUGGUGCAAGAUCAGCCGCACCGGGUCCCUAGACUGGACCAUCACCCUCUUCUCCCUCUCCACUCUCCCCAACACCCUCGUCAUGGGGAUACCUCUCCUCAAAGGCAUGUACGGCGAGUUCUCCGGCGAGCUCAUGGUCCAGAUCGUGGUGCUCCAGUGCGUCAUAUGGUACACGCUCAUGCUCUUCCUUUUCGAGUACCGCGGCGCGAAGCUCUUGAUCUCCGAGCAGUUUCCGGACACGGCUGGGUCUAUCGUCUCCAUCCACGUGGAUUCCGACAUUAUGUCUUUGGACGGUAGGCAGCCGCUCGAGACGGAGGCGGAGAUUAAAGAGGACGGGAAGCUUCAUGUGACCGUGAGGCGUUCUAACGCCUCGAGGUCUGAUAUAUACUCGAGGAGGUCUCAGGGGCUGUCGGCGACUCCUCGGCCUUCGAAUCUAACCAACGCGGAGAUUUAUUCGCUGCAGAGCUCUAGGAACCCGACGCCACGUGGCUCGAGCUUUAACCAUACUGAUUUUUACUCGAUGAUGGGUGCUGCUGGUGGUGGUGGUCGGAACUCGAACUUUGGUCCCGGAGAAGCUGUGUUCGGCUCCAAGGGACCUACGCCCCGGCCGUCUAACUACGAGGAAGACGGCGGAGCUAAACCACCGGCGGGUGGUGGAGCUGGGAGGUUUCAUCACCAGUCCGGAGGAAGUGGUGCGCAUUAUCCAGCGCCGAAUCCGGGGAUGUUCUCGCCGCAAACCGGCGGCGGAGCUGCGGCGGCGAAGGGAAGCGCUCCGGUGGGUGGUGGGAAGAGAGGGAGUGGGCAAGACGGUAACGGGAGAGAUCUUCAUAUGUUUGUUUGGAGCUCAAGCGCUUCGCCGGUGUCUGACGUUUUUGGCGGAGGAGCUAACCACCAUGCUGAUUACGCCGCCGCUAAUAACGAUCUUCACAAGGACGUUAAGAUCUCUGUACCCCAGGGGAAUAGUAACGACAACCAGCAUGUGGACAGGGAAGAGUUUAGUUUCGGUAAUAAACACGAUGAUAGCAAAGUCUUGGCCACAGACGGUGCUAAUAACAUUAACAAGUCGCAGCAGCAGGCAAAGGUUAUGCCACCAACAAGUGUGAUGACUAGACUGAUACUCAUUAUGGUUUGGAGAAAACUCAUCCGUAACCCCAACUCUUACUCCAGUCUAUUCGGUAUCACCUGGUCCCUCAUCUCCUUCAAGUGGAACAUUGAAAUGCCAGCUAUUAUAGCAAAGUCUAUCUCCAUACUCUCAGAUGCAGGUCUAGGCAUGGCUAUGUUCAGUCUUGGGUUGUUCAUGGCGUUGAACCCUAAAAUAAUAGCAUGUGGAAACAGAAAAGCAGCAUUUGCUGCGGGUAUGAGAUUUCUCGUCGGGCCUGCUGUCAUGGUUGUUGCUUCUUAUGCCGUCGGCCUCCGUGGCGUUCUCCUUCGCGUCGCCAUCAUUCAGGCAGCUUUGCCACAAGGGAUUGUACCGUUUGUGUUCGCGAAGGAGUACAAUGUGCAUCCUUCCAUUCUCAGCACUGCUGUGAUAUUUGGAAUGCUAAUUGCCUUGCCUAUAACGCUUCUCUACUACAUUCUCUUGGGGCUGUGAUGAGAUCUUACCAAGUAUUAAACAAACACAGUAACCUUUUUUAAUAUUUUGGGGAGGUUAUGGAAUGUGCAAGUGCAAAGGACAAUGCCCCUUUUGUUGAAAACCCACUGAAGUUUUAGGAGAAGCUUCUAAAAGAUAAUUUGGAGAAAGAAGCUCUUGAAGUAAGGAAGAAGAAGAUUGAAGUAGUUGUAGCUUGGCAAGUUUACCUUUUCUUAAUUUUAGUGAACAUUAAUUCCUGUUUUUCGUUUGGUAGGUUGCUAGGAAAUUUGUAAAAGCUUUGCUACUUUAAGUGAAUUAAAACGUUAAGAAAAUGGAAA